AUGUCAGCCAAGAGGGCAGAAUUCAAGAAAACAGGCUUGGGCAAGAACUACAAGACAGUUUACCUGGAAUUGAAGCCAGAGACGAUCAAAGUGUGUGAUUACAAAGGAGUUAAACACCAAGGUCCAUUCAACAAAGCAGGAAUAACACAUGAACUGAAGAGUGAACUCAGGGAGGUGAGAGAAGAGCUCAAGGAAAAAAUGGAAGAGAUAAAACAGAUAAAAGAUGUAAUGGACAAAGAUUUUGAUAAACUUCAUGAAUUCGUGGAAAUCAUGAAGGAAAUGCAGAAGGAUAUGGACGAGAAGAUGGAGGUUUUAAUAAAUAUACAGAAGAACAACAAGCUUCCCCUGCGAAGAGGAUGGAUGGAGCACGAGGAACUGAUGGGCAAGAGCGAAGCGGACCCUCGGCUCAGGCUCAAGAAGAUGGACGCAGCUGGCGGAGCGGCCUUGUCUCUCCACAAGAACACGGUGGUGUCACCCAAACCCAAAAAGGAGCUGCCGGACUCCCUUCCUCAGUGUAGGAGCUGCUGCGUAAGUGGAGGCUGCCCGCCGCCCCGCCCCGUCUGGAGGCCGGCUGACCUGCCUGGCCUUCGAGGCCCGCCCGAGGCGCUUCCCGAGCCAGGACCCUGUAGGGCUUGA